AUGCAAACACCAGCUCCGACUCCGAGCACUCCGCCGCCGUCGCGUCGCUCCAAUCGGCCGCCGCGCAUUAACAUUCACAAUAUACCGAACAACUAUGGCGGGUCGUCGGUGCCGCCCAGCGCGCAGCUGCCGCACACCUCACAGACUAAUUACACGGGCCCCCAAUGGCCGCCGGUGGCGAAUCCCUUCGGCGCAACUGGCAACUUCAUGACCAAAGGCUACGAGGGCUUCCUUGAUCUCACCAAGUCCGGCAUGAGUUUCGGCGAGAAGUUCACCUACGGCCUGUACAAUAAGUUCAGCAAGUGGUCGAGGCGCUGGUUUACCCACAUGUUCCUACUGAUCAUACUUGCCCUCUACAACAUCGGCGGGGCCAAACUAUUUCAGACUGUCGAACAUGGUCCAGCUGAUAUGGAAAUACAAAUAACGCAAGAUCAAAAGCGAAUAUUCUUCAAGCAGCUCUUGGAGCUGGCCAACACGACAAUCACGCAAAAGGUAGGCAAGCAACGGUACAUGGAUCAAGACACGUUAGUAACCUUAGGUGUUAUUCAGAAUACAGAUCACUGGGAUGGCUUCGUCAACAAUGUACUGAACUCGAAUAAGGCAGCUGUGGAGUCGCUGCUGCGCUCGAAUUUGUCAACGGACGAGGAGGCUAGAAAGAACAAUCCAUGGUCCUUUUGGAAUGCCAUGGUCUACAGCUGCACGGUCUAUACGACCAUAGGUGAGUGA